ACAUAAGAGUACUAGUAACACUUCCGUUCUUCUUCUUCUUAUUCUCAAAUAAAAAUGCAAUACGUUCAAACUUUAUUCGUCGUUUUGUCAGUUGGAGUUAUGAUAAUUCAAUGUCAAAAAGAAGGAGGUAUGGCUGAGCUGAAAUCAAUAACAGGAGAUGCUCCAUACGAUGGUGUUGGAAAUGCACCAGCACCUAUUCCACAGCCAAUGGGAUUCUGGGGAAGACCAAGAUAUUCUCCACCAGGCCAUGGAUUUGAUGGUCCAUAUGGAGGCCCAAUGAUGGGUGGAGGUGGCCCAUUCCCAUAUUCUCCAUACAACAGAUUUACAAGCAUGUCAAGCAGUCCAUAUGGUUUGGGUACAUGGUACAACAACCUCCAAUAAUUUUUCAUUUCUUGGUCUCCUCCGUGAUCUGAUUUUCAAAAAAUAACUGCCAACUUUGAUUUGUGUUUGUAUAUAAAUUAUUUGCAUCUUGUACACUUCAGUUUUUAAUUUUUUAUAUAAAUUUCAACAUAUACAAUUAAAUAAGUUAAAAUAUAAAAUAUGAAAUAAA